AUGACUUCCAGGAUUGAUAAAACCAUCGCUAGACAGCGCGAAAAGAUCGCGGCCGGUGCCUUCUACGAAGCCCACCAACAGUUACGAGUAAUCGCAGCCCGAUACAUCAAAGCGUCUAACUGGGAUGCCGCAGCUGAACUUUUGGCUGGUGGUGCGACUGCUCUGCUGAGGGCUGGAAGUCAGCAGGGUGCAUCAGCGAGUGGUGGAGAUUUGGCGAUUAUGUUGGUUGUCGAGGUGUACAACAAGGCUGAGUGGGAGAUUGCGGGAGGAAAUAAUGAUUCCGAGGGUUGGUCUCGAAAGAAGCGUCUGAUUGAACUUUUGCGCGAAUUUCCCUCCGAAGAACCUACGAGAAAGCGGUAUAUCCAGGAGAUUAUCGGAUGGAGUGCUAGAAAUGGACCGCUGGAGCGAGGAGAUCCAGACCUGCACCAUGCUGCGGGUUCCGUCUACGCAGAGAAUAAUGAACCAUACGAGGCCGAGAAACAUUUAAUUUUGGGUACUUCGGAAUCUGCAGAGACACUGGCAAAACUUGAAUAUGAGUGGUACACCCACGACGAUCCUCACACUGCAGCUCUGUAUGCUUCGCGCGCUAUCUUCCCAUACCUCACGACCGGCAACAUCCGCAGUGCAAACAAGGCUUUGCUCAUCUUCACCUCUCGCUUAUCCACAUCGAAUCCCUCUCUCGCCGUGCAAGAUGUCAGCAGUGCCAACUCUGAUAUGCGUGUGUACCCUGCCCUGCCUCUCCUCAAUUUCCUCGGCAUGUUGCUUCUUGCUAUUCAGCGCGGAAGUGCCGAUCUUUACCGACAGCUUACCGCACACUAUGCGGCACAGAUUCGCGAUGUGGGUAUCUGGGAUGACACACUUGCUCAGAUCGGUGAGCAGUACUUUGGAAUCAAGAUUCCUCGCCAGGGUAACCCCCUGCUUGAUAUGAUGGGUAGUAUGUUUUUCGGCGGUGGUCAAGGACAAGGUAACUCCGGGGGCCAAUCUCGUCCUUCAAAGAGGGGUGAGGCACCAUCACAUAUGGAGCUGGAUUAA